AUCCAUUUUGCCACUUCGCACACUCACUGUCCCGUUGAAGAGAGGCGGGAAAAGAGAAACAGAGAGCGGGAGAUGAAGGAGAGAGGGAAAGGGACGGGGAGAUCGGUGGACGAGAGGUACACGCAGUGGAAGUCGCUCGUCCCCGUCCUCUACGACUGGCUCGCCAACCACAACCUCGUCUGGCCCUCUCUCUCCUGCAGAUGGGGUCCACAGCUUGAGCAAGCUACUUACAAAAAUCGACAGCGUCUUUACCUAUCUGAGCAGACAGAUGGCAGUGUUCCAAAUACGCUUGUUAUUGCAAAUGUCGAGGUUGUCAAACCGAGAGUUGCAGCUGCAGAGCAUAUCUCUCAGUUCAAUGAAGAAGCUCGCUCUCCCUUUGUCAAGAAGUACAAAACUAUUAUACAUCCUGGCGAGGUGAACAGGAUCAGGGAGCUGCCCCAAAACAGUAAGAUUGUAGCAACUCACACCGACAGCCCUGAUGUUCUCAUAUGGGAUGUCGAGGCACAACCUAAUCGCCAUGCUGUUUUAGGUGCUUCAACUUCACAUCCAGAUCUGAUACUCACAGGGCAUAAAGAUAAUGCUGAGUUUGCUCUUGCAAUGUCCCCAACCGAACCCUUCGUUCUUUCUGGCGGCAAAGACAGAUAUGUAGUUUUAUGGAGCAUUCAAGAUCAUAUCUCUACUUUGGCUGCAGAUCCCGGGGCUGCAAAGUCUCCUGGGUCUGCUGGCGCCAACAAUAAGCAGUCUUCUAAGGCUGCCGGUGGCAAUGAUAAACCUAUGGACAGCCCUUCAAUUGAACCUCGUGGAGUCUACCUGGGGCAUGGGGACACUGUUGAGGAUGUGACGUUCUGCCCAUCGAGCGCACAGGAGUUCUGUAGUGUAGGGGAUGAUUCUUGUCUCAUACUAUGGGAUGCAAGAACUGGCGCUUCCCCAGCUAUCAAGGUUGAAAAAGCUCAUCAUGCUGAUCUUCAUUGUGUUGAUUGGAAUCCUCAUGAUGUAAACCUGAUUCUAACCGGGUCAGCUGAUACUACAGUUCGCAUGUUUGACCGCCGAAACCUCACUUCUGGGGGAGUUGGAUCACCUGUCCAUACUUUUGAGGGUCACAAUGCUGCUGUGCUCUGUGUUCAGUGGUCUCCAGACAAGUCAUCUGUCUUUGGAAGUUCUGCUGAGGAUGGCAUUUUAAAUAUCUGGGAUCAUGAAAAGAUUGGCAAAAAGCCAGAGACCGUGGGUCCAAAAGUGCCCAAUUCUCCUCCAGGGUUAUUCUUCCGUCAUGCUGGGCACAGGGACAAGGUUGUUGACUUCCAUUGGAAUACGUCCGAUCCCUGGACAAUUGUUAGUGUUUCUGAUGAUGGUGAAAGUACUGGCGGAGGUGGUACAUUGCAGAUAUGGCGGAUGAUCGAUUUGAUCUACAGACCCGAGGAAGAAGUUCUGUCUGAGCUGGAUAAAUUCAAGUCUCACAUUCUCUCUUGCACCUCUUGAGCUUCUCACGGAAAGAAGAAAGAUCUGCAAGGUUGAUGACUAACUCGAAGUGGGAAGCAAGUUAACCACGUUCGACUGUUUCGUGUGAAAAGGAGCUCGUCAUCCUCAACUUUCAUCCUUUUUAUGAUGCUAGGGAUUAUUUAGUGCAUUUGCUUGAGGUUGAGUUUUUGUCUCCGUGUGGAGUGGAGAUGGAGUCUGACAAACAUGUUCUCCAGCAUUGUUUCAGGCCAUGGCUGAGAGCCACGUUUUGGGUGCUUCAUUAGAUUAUCAAGAGAUUGCUCGUUACUUGACCGGUGCAUCUGUUAUGUUUGCUG